UCCUCUCCCGGAGCUGUCCGAGGCUCCAGUGUCUCGCAACGCAUCCCGCCGCUGGGGCUCCCGCCGGGGCAUGGGCGCUGCGGGCCUGCUCUGCGUUUUCCUGGCUGUCAUCGCACCAGGGGUUCUCGGUCAGUGUAAGCCCUUGCCAAGGUAUCAUUUUGCUAAGCCUAAAGUUAAGAGUGAUCAGUCUGAGUUUGCUGUUGGGACGUCUUGGGAAUAUGAAUGUCUUCCUGGGUAUAUCAAGAGGUCAUUCUUUAUCAUCUGCCUAAAGACCUCCAAGUGGUCAGAUGCUCAGGAUUUCUGUAAACGUAAAUCAUGUACAAGUCCUGGAGAACUCCCCCAUGGCUCUGUCCUCAUACCCACGGGUGUCAUGCUUGGGUCAACAAUUACAUUUUCUUGUGAUCAAGGAUAUCGACUUUUUGGUGUUUCAUCUGCUACAUGUAUUAUCUCAGACAAUACUGUAACCUGGGAUAACGACAUGCCUUUUUGUGAAACUAUUCCUUGUGGGCCACCCCCAGCCAUCUCCAAUGGGGACUUUUACAGCAGCAGUAGAGAGGACUUUUUCUAUGGAAUGGUGGUGACUUAUAAGUGCCACACUGGACCAAAUGGAAAAAAGCUGUUUGACCUUGUGGGUCAGAAGUCAAUAUAUUGUACCAGCAAAGACAAUCGAGUUGGCAUCUGGAGUGGCCCUGCCCCUCAGUGUAUUCUUCCAGUCAAAUGCCCAAUUCCAGAAGUUGAAAAUGGAAUUAUGGAAUCUGGAUUUGGACGUUCAUUUUCUUUAAAUGAUGCUGUGAUGUUUAGGUGUAAGCCUGGCUUUACCAUGAAAGGCAGCAACAUAGCAUGGUGCCAAUCAAACAGCAAAUGGAAUCCUCCACUGCCAAAGUGCUUUAAGGGGUGUCUACCACCUCCACAUACCAACCAUGGUAGUUAUAACAUCUUGGAUAAGGAAUUCUUUCCAAUUGGACAGGAAGUAUCCUACAGCUGUGACCCUGGCUAUACCCUCAUUGGAACUAACCCUAUCCAGUGUACAUCCUUGGGAGCCUGGAGCUAUGCAGCCCCUGAAUGUGAAGCAAAAUCAUGCAAUGCCAUUCCAAACCAACUUCUCAAUGGCCAUGUGGUGACUCCUCCUAAUCUCCAGCUUGGGGCAGUGGUUUCAUUUGUUUGUGAUAAGGGGUACCGAUUAAGUGGCCAGUCUUCUAGUCAGUGUGUCUCAGAAGGAAUGAGAGUAUUCUGGAAUAAUACGUUUCCUGUCUGUGAACGGAUUUCUUGUGGCCCUCCUCCUCCUAUCAAAAAUGGUCGGAAUAGUUAUUCUUCUGGUCCCAUAUAUCUUAACACUGUGGUAAGGUACUCUUGUGUAGGUAACUUCCGCCUCAUUGGAGAAAGAAGCCUUUUUUGUAUAAGUAAAGACCAAGUGAAAGGAAUCUGGGAUAAAGCUGCUCCUGUAUGUGAAUUGUAUAAUAGAAAUUCUUUCUGCUCUGAGCCGAUAGUACCAGGAGGAUACAGAGAUAAAAAAUCUAGACCACCAUACAGACAUGGUGAUUCUGUGACAUUUACCUGUAAUACCAACUUCACCAUGAAAGGAAAUAAAUCUGUUUGGUGCCAAGCAAAUAAAACCUGGGGGCCAACACCACUACCCACCUGUGAGAGUGAUUUCCCCCAGGAGUGUCCACCGCUUCCUGCCAUCUCCAAUGGAUCUCACACAGGGGAGGGGUUUGGCCCCUUUGCCCCAGGAUUAUCUGUGACUUAUAGCUGUGAACCUGGUUACUUGCUUGUUGGAGAAAAGACCAUUAGAUGUUUGUCUUCAGGAAAGUGGAAUGCUGUUAUUCCCACAUGUAAAGAGGCAGAGUGUGAACCCCCAGGACCAUUUCUCAAUGGACGGAUAAAGAGCCCUCCAAGUCUUCGGGUCGGUGCAACUGUGAACUUUGACUGUAAUGAAGGGUAUCGGUUACAAGGCCAACCUUCCAGUCAAUGUGUAAUUGUUGGACAGCAGGCUUCUUGGACCAGGAUGCCAGAAUGCAAAGAAAUUCUGUGCCCGCCACCUCCUUCUAUUCUCAAUGGAAGACCUAUAGGAAGCUCUUCAGGGAAUAUUCCAUAUGGAAGCACAGUCACUUAUACUUGUGACCCAGACCCAGAGAAAGGAGUGAGCUACAACCUUAUUGGGAAGAAGACUAUCCAUUGUAUCACCAACAGUCAGAAGACUGGGAUCUGGAGUGACCCUGCCCCAAGCUGUGAACUUUCUAGUUCUGCUGUUCAGUGUCCACCUCCCCAGAUCCUAAGAGGCCAAAUAUCAUCUGGGCAGAAAGAACAAUAUUCCUAUAAUGACACUGUGGUAUUUUCUUGCUCACAUGGCUUCACCCUGAAAGGCAACAAGGCAAUCCGAUGUACUGCCCAAGGCACAUGGGAGCCAUUGGCACCAGUCUGUGAAAAGGAGUGCCAAGCACCUCCUAAAAUCCUCAACGGGCAGAAGGAAGAUGGACACAUGGUCCGCUUUGACCCAGGAACAUCUAUAAAGUACAGCUGUAACCCUGGCUAUGUGCUCGUGGGGAAAGAAUCCAUCCGUUGCACCUCUGAGGGGGUGUGGACACCCACUGCCCCCCAAUGCAAAGUGGCAGAGUGUGAACCUAUAGAAGAGCCAGUCUUUAACAAACCACAGGAUCAAUUUAUUAGACCAGAUGUUAACCCUUCUUGUGACGAAGGGUACCGGUUAGGUGGGAGUGUUUAUCAGAAGUGCCAAGGUGCAAUUCCUUGGUUUAUGGAGAAUCGCCUAUGUGAAGAAAUCACCUGCCCACCGCCUCCUGCCAUCUCUGAUGGGACACAUACAGGGAGUUCCUCAGAAUAUGUUCCAUACGGAACCACGGUCACCUACACAUGCAACCCUGGGCCAGAGAGCGGAGUGGAAUUCAACCUCAUUGGGAAGAGUACCAUCCAUUGUACAAGCAAUGACCAAGAGAGGGGCAUCUGGAGUGGCUCUGCUCCUAGAUGUGGACUCCUGGGUCAGUGCAAAACUCCGGAGCACCUUCUAUUUGCCAAGCUGGCAAAUCCUACUGAUGAGAAUGAGUUUCCUAUUGGGACAUCUCUGAAGUAUGAGUGCCGCCCUGGUUACUCUGGGAGAGGGUUCUUUAUCACCUGCCUAUCCAACUCGGUCUGGUCAAGCGCUGAAGACAAGUGCCAGCGGAGAUCGUGUGGAACUCCUCCAGAACCCGCCAAUGGCAAAAUGAUCGUAAACGGAGAUGCCCGGUUUGGGUCAACUGUUAAUUACGUCUGUAAUGAAGGAUACCGACUUAUUGGUAAGAGCUCUAUUGCAUGCAGCAUCUCAGGCAAGACUGUCUCCUGGGAUGACGAUCCACCUAUUUGUGAGACGAUUCUUUGUGGGCCACCCCCAGCCAUUGACAACGGAAAUGUCGUUAACCUCUACGGAGAAGAUUUUCCCUAUGGAAGCGUGGUGACCUAUCGCUGCUAUCCCGGACAGAGAGGGAAAAAAAAGCAGUUUGAGCUUGUGGGCAACCCAUCGAUAUAUUGCACCAGCAAAGACAAUCACGUUGGCGUAUGGAGCGGCCCUCCGCCUCAGUGCAUCAUACCUAAUAAGUGCACACCUCCACACAUUGACAACGCAGUGAGGGUGUCUGAGAACAAGACCUUAUUUUCCUUACAUGAAAUCGUGAGGUUUAUCUGCGAGCCCGGGUUUGUCAUGAAAGGACCCUCCAGAGUGCAAUGCCAAGCCCAAAACAAAUGGGGGCCAGAGUUGCCGAGCUGCUCUCGAGUAUGUCAGCUGCCUCCAGAAAUUCUGCACGGAAUGCACAGUGCAGAAAACCAGGCCCAUUUCUCCCCGGGGCAGGAAGUGUCCUACAGCUGCGAGCCCGGCUAUGAUCUCCGAGGGGCAGCGUCUCUGCGCUGUACGCCCCAGGGAGACUGGAGCCCAGCAGCCCCAAGAUGUACAGUGAAAUCAUGUGCAGACUUCCGGGACCAACUCCCUAAUGGCCGUGUGCUCUUACCACUGAAUUUCCAGCUUGGGGCAAAAGUGUCCUUUGUUUGUGAUGAGGGGUUCCACCUGAAGGGCAGUUCUGCUAGUUACUGCGUUUUGGUUGAAAUGGAAAGCCUUUGGAAUGACAGUGCUCCCGUGUGUGAACGUAUCUUUUGUCCAAGUCCUCCCUCUAUCCUUAAUGGGCAGCACACUGGACCUUCUCAGGGAGACUUUCCCUAUGGAAAGGAAAUAAAUUACACAUGUGACAACAACCCAGCAAGAGGGAUGAACUUCAGCCUCAUUGGGGAGAGCACCCUCCACUGCACAAGUGACGAUGAAGGGAACGGGAUUUGGAGCGGCCCUGCCCCUCGCUGCGAACUUGCUGGUCCUGCAGGUCAGUGCAAAGCCCCAGAACACCUUCCAUUUGCCAAGUUGGCAAAUGCUACGGACAAGUCUGAGUAUCCCAUUGGGACAUUUCUGAAGUAUGAGUGCCGCCCUGGUUACUCUGGGAGAGGGUUCUUUAUCACCUGCCUAUCCAACUCGGUCUGGUCAAGCGCCGAAGACAAGUGUCAGCGGAGAUCGUGUGGAACUCCUCCAGAACCCGCCAAUGGCAAAAUGAUCGUAAACGGAGAUGCCCGGUUUGGGUCAACUGUUAAUUACGUCUGUAAUGAAGGAUACCGACUUAUUGGUAAGAGCUCUAUUGCAUGCAGCAUCUCAGGCAAGACUGUCUCCUGGGAUGACGAUCCACCUAUUUGUGAGACGAUUCUUUGUGGGCCACCCCCAGCCAUUGACAACGGAAAUGUCGUUAACCUCUACGGAGAAGAUUUUCCCUAUGGAAGCGUGGUGACCUAUCGCUGCUAUCCCGGACAGAGAGGGAAAAAAAAGCAGUUUGAGCUUGUGGGCAACCCAUCGAUAUAUUGCACCAGCAAAGACAAUCACGUUGGCGUAUGGAGCGGCCCUCCGCCUCAGUGCAUCAUACCUAAUAAGUGCACACCUCCACACAUUGACAACGCAGUGAGGGUGUCUGAGAACAAGACCUUAUUUUCCUUACAUGAAAUCGUGAGGUUUAUCUGCGAGCCCGGGUUUGUCAUGAAAGGACCCUCCAGAGUGCAAUGCCAAGCCCAAAACAAAUGGGGGCCAGAGUUGCCGAGCUGCUCUCGAGUAUGUCAGCUGCCUCCAGAAAUUCUGCACGGAAUGCACAGUGCAGAAAACCAGGCCCAUUUCUCCCCGGGGCAGGAAGUGUCCUACAGCUGCGAGCCCGGCUAUGAUCUCCGAGGGGCAGCGUCUCUGCGCUGUACGCCCCAGGGAGACUGGAGCCCAGCAGCCCCAAGAUGUACAGUGAAAUCAUGUGCAGACUUCCGGGACCAACUCCCUAAUGGCCGUGUGCUCUUACCACUGAAUUUCCAGCUUGGGGCAAAAGUGUCCUUUGUUUGUGAUGAGGGGUUCCACCUGAAGGGCAGUUCUGCUAGUUACUGCGUCUUGGUUGAAAUGGAAAGCCUUUGGAAUGACAGUGCUCCCGUGUGUGAACGUAUCUUUUGUCCAAGUCCUCCCUCUAUCCUUAAUGGGCAGCACACUGGACCUUCUCAGGGAGACUUUCCCUAUGGAAAGGAAAUAAAUUACACGUGUGACAACAACCCAGCAAGAGGGAUGAACUUCAGCCUCAUUGGGGAGAGCACCCUCCACUGCACAAGUGACGAUGAAGGGAACGGGAUUUGGAGUGGCCCUGCCCCUCGCUGCGAACUUGCUGGUCCUGCAGGUCAGUGCAAAGCCCCAGAACACCUUCCAUUUGCCAAGUUGGCAAAUGCUACGGACAAGUCUGAGUAUCCCAUUGGGACAUUUCUGAAGUAUGAGUGCCGCCCUGGUUACUCUGGGAGAGGGUUCUUUAUCACCUGCCUAUCCACCUCGGUCUGGUCAAGCGCCGAAGACAAGUGUCAGCGGAGAUUGUGUGGAACUCCUCCAGAACCCGCCAAUAGCAAAAUGAUCAUAAACGGAGAUGCCCGGUUUGGGUCAACUGUUAAUUACGUCUGUAAUGAAGGAUACCGACUUAUUGGUAAGAGCUCUAUUGCAUGCAGCAUCUCAGGCAAGACUGUCUCCUGGGAUGACGAUCCACCUAUUUGUGAGACGAUUCUUUGUGGGCCACCCCCAGCCAUUGACAACGGAAAUGUCGUUAACCUCUACGGAGAAGAUUUUCCCUAUGGAAGCGUGGUGACCUAUCGCUGCCAUCCCGGACAGAGAGGGAAAAAAAAGCAGUUUGAGCUUGUGGGCAACCCAUCGAUAUAUUGCACCAGCAAAGACAAUCACGUUGGCGUAUGGAGCGGCCCUCCGCCUCAGUGCAUCAUACCUAAUAAGUGCACACCUCCACACAUUGACAACGCAGUGAGGGUGUCUGAGAACAAGACCUUAUUUUCCUUACAUGAAAUCGUGAGGUUUAUCUGCGAGCCCGGGUUUGUCAUGAAAGGACCCUCCAGAGUGCAAUGCCAAGCCCAAAACAAAUGGGGGCCAGAGUUGCCGAGCUGCUCUCGAGUAUGUCAGCUGCCUCCAGAAAUUCUGCACGGAAUGCACAGUGCAGAAAACCAGGCCGAUUUCUCCCCGGGGCAGGAAGUGUCCUACAGCUGCGAGCCCGGCUAUGAUCUCCGAGGGGCAGCGUCUCUGCGCUGUACGCCCCAGGGAGACUGGAGCCCAGCAGCCCCAAGAUGUACAGUGAAAUCAUGUGCAGACUUCCGGGACCAACUCCCUAAUGGCCGUGUGCUCUUACCACUGAAUUUCCAGCUUGGGGCAAAAGUGUCCUUUGUUUGUGAUGAGGGGUUCCACCUGAAGGGCAGUUCUGCUAGUUACUGUGUCUUGGUUGAAAUGGAAAGCCUUUGGAAUGACAGUGCUCCUGUGUGUGAACAAAUCUUUUGUCCAAAUCCCCCCUCUAUCCUUAAUGGGCAGCACAAUGGACCUUCUCAGGGAGAUGUUCCCUAUGGAAAGGAAAUAACUUACAUGUGUGACCACCACCCAGCCAGAGGGAUGACCUUCAACCUCGUUGGGAAGAGCACCCUCCGCUGCACAAGUGAUGAUGAAGGGAACGGGAUCUGGAAUGGCCCUGCCCCUCGCUGCAAACUUGCUGGUCCUGCAGAUUACUGUAAAGCCCCAGAAGAGUUUCCAUUUGCCAAGCCUACAGUCCUGACUGAUGAGUCUGAGUUUCCAGUUGGGACAUCUUUGAAUUAUGAAUGUUCCCCUGGGUAUUUUGAGGCUACGUUUUCUAUCACCUGCUUAGAGCACUUGGUCUGGUCGAGUGCCGAAGGUAUCUGUAGACGAAAAUCAUGUGGAGCUCCACCAGAACCCUUUAAUGGCGCAGUGCAUAUAAACACAGAUACCCAGUUUGGAUCAACAGUUCAUUAUUCUUGUAAUGAAGGGUAUCGACUCAUUGGCUCCCCUUCCUCGGCUUGUCUCCUGUUGGGCAGUACUGUCACUUGGGAUAAGGAAGCACCUGUGUGUGAGGAAAUCUUCUGUCCAAAUCCUCCCUCUAUCCUUAAUGGGCAGCACACCGGACCUUCUCGGGGAGACAUUCCCUAUGGAAAGGAAAUUACUUACACGUGUGACCACCACCCAGCCAGAGGGAUGAACUUCAGCCUCAUUGGGGAGAGCACCCUCCGCUGCACAAGUGACGAUGAAGGGAACGGAAUUUGGAGUGGCCCCGCCCCUCACUGCGAACUUGCUGGUUCUACAGAAUGCCCGCAUCUGCCCAAGAUCCACAAUGGGUAUUACCUUGAAAGACCUGCAUCUCCUUUUCUUCCUGGAAUGACUGUCAACUACACUUGUGACCCAGGCUACUUGUUGGUGGGAAGAGCCUUCAUAUUCUGCACAAACCAGGGAACCUGGAGCCAAUUUGAUCAUUUUUGCAAAGAGGUAAAAUGUAUCAUCCCAGAGUUUAUGAAUGGAAUCCGGAAGGAGCUGGAAAUGAGAAAAGUGUAUCACUAUGGAGAUAAUAUAACUUUCGAGUGUGAGAAUGGGUAUACUCUGAAAGGCAGUCCCCAGAGCCAAUGCCAGGCAGACAACACAUGGAACCCUCCUCUGGCCAUAUGCACAUCUAGUAAAUGGAGCUGCAAGAAAUGCACAAGUGCUCUCAUAGUCGGUAUUAUCUUUGGCGUGAUCUUCUUUCUUUCAUCUGUCAUUGGCUCUUAUUGGAUAAUUGUAAAGCGCAAAAAAAGCAAGAAUACAGAUGGGAAAACUAAAGAGAUGAUCCAUUUACAUCCUCAAGAAGACAACAGUGUAAAGCCUCAGACUCUACAAACCAAUCAGGAAGACAGCAGGGGUGCCAUAAACCUUUGAGAGGGAAGCUUUUGUUUUUUUUGUGGAACCCAAGCAUUUGCCACGUGGAUGUGCCUCCGGGUC